GCGUACUGCUAAGAAAAGCAGAUUGCAAAAAUGUAUGAACACUGUUUACCUUUCCCCUUUUACCCCAUUGGUAAGCCUGAGAAUGGAGCUCUCCGCUGUCGCAAAGGAGCUCAGCUUUAGAUCGGGUUAACAAUGACUGCGACCAAGCUGGAUUCCAUGGAGCUUGAGGCGAUGCGCAAGGAAGAUAGCUCAUGGCAUCCUUGCCGCAUCUCCCUAAGCUCUGGUGACCCCAAUACUGGUAUUGUAGUGGAUUUCGGAACAGAUGAUGAGGAGGAUGUAAUAUGCAACACAGAAGAUGCUUUAUCACGUUUGCGCUUUCGUUCAACUCCUCUACAAGGCGAUGAAUGUACCAAUAUCAAAGAAGGGGAACGUGUUCUUGCCUUGCAGAAAACUAAAUCUAAAAGCUUGUUCGUUGAUGCUACUAUAGAGGAGCCAAAGAGAGUGAAACACUCAAAGCGGGUGCACUGCAGAUGUACAUUUCAAAUAAAAUGGCUUAAUUCUGAGUUGAAAGGGGAAACUGUGACUGUUCCAUCCAAGUCAAUUCUAAAAUUGUCAGAUAGAAGCAUUGAUGAACAUCAAGUCUUUUCCAGAUUCCUGAAUGUUUUGAAAUCUGAAAAUGGGGGUGAAACUCCUUCAGUCAUUUCUUUUUCUGAAGAAAGUUCCUGUGAAGCGGAAUUUAUUGGAAUAUUAGAAAAACAAGUGGAAGAGAUCAGCAAGUUGGUUGAUGGAACAAAAGCAUCUUUUUCGGAUCUUUUUGAGGAGGUGAAAAGUGGUACAGCUAAUGUUGUCAAACAGAAAUCCAAAAUCAGACAAGUUGCUUCCCAAAGAACCACUAGAAGUCAGAACAAAAAUCUACUUGAAACAGAAGUAAAAAAAGAAACUGAAGUUAAGCCAGUUCUCACUCCUCUUGCAGCCAGAGCAGCUUUGGCAUCAUUGGUGCAUCAUGAACUGCCAGAGAAAUCAUUAGGCUUCUCAGGGGAACAAGACUUUCUCAAGCAUAAGGAUUCACAGCAGAGUGAUGCUACUGGGACUACUGAACAUUCCACUAUAGAAGCUACAUCCAAUUCUGUUAAAUCAACUUUCUAUGUUCAGAAUGAAGUAUUAAGAGAUCCAAAUCCCUCCAAAAGGACAAACAAAAACAGUAAUAUAGAGGUCAAGAAUGCAUUCAUAGCAUCUCCAAACCGACUGCGAACUGAGGGGAAGCGUAAGUCCCAUGAUUCCUCAGAUAUGUCUGCUACUCUGGAGAAGGAAACGAAACCUUCUAGAGAGUUUUAUGGUGGCAUAGAAGACGAACCUAUAAUCCUGCAACACUCAACAAAUUCACUAAAUGGCGAGAAGACAAAAUGCUCCACCAACGCAAGGAGGCUAACCCGCUCAAUGCAGAAGGAAUUUGAGGUUUCAUCUCUUCAUAUGAAACAAGGAUCACCUAUUGAAAUGCCAAGAAAUACCCAGAAGCCAACAAGGUCAGCACAUUCUGCUACUCCCGAAGAAAUUUCAGUUCCAAAUGAUGUUGACAAGGCACCAAUUUCAAAAUCUCCUACUUUGGAGCCCCAAAAUAUACUUCCUGCUAAUGAUGAUGUGGAGGGAGAAAAUUUAACAAAAAAAUUCUCUGGUGCAAUAAAUAGGGCAGGGUGCACAAAAUCUACAAAACAGAGAAAGAAGAGCAAUUAUAACCAUGAUAUGACACCAGAAAACAAUGCACCAACUGCAUAUACAGGACAUAAGGCUGAAGAAAUUGUCACGCCUGAAAAUAAUGAAAUAAAGAAGAAGAGAUUCAUUUCCAAUCACAUGGAUUCAACAUCUGAAACAGAUUCAACAGCUGACAGAAAUGAACCAUUAACCAAGAGGAGGACAAGAUCAUCAUGUGAAGAUGAACUGGCAGGUACUACUAUGAAAGAGGGGGAAAGUAUCCCAGCAAUGAAAAAGUCUCGUGUUUCUUCGCAGAAGGAUUCUACAAACUUUCCAUUACGAUCUUCACCAAGGCUUGCUUGUCCUCCCAGGGCUCGCUCGCAGGCCAGGAGCUGACUGCAUUACCAAGCACAAAGAUGUUGGAGGCCUAUUCUGCUUAAGGCGGACUUUAUUAAGUACGUAUAUAACGUCUAUUUUAAUGUAGUUUAUUGCUGAGCCAAUCAGUGAUCUAUCAAAUAUUCCUAAGAUUUUUGGUUUUUCCAUCCUGGUUAUUACUUGAGAGACGAGAAUCAACAUUCCUACUAUUGUGUUUUCUGAAUGCAGUUUAGUUAUGUUGUCCUAUCAGGAUUGGUCCAUUCAUAUUUUGAAGGAUAGAUGAGCUAGCAUUGCCAACUUGCCUAUUCAAUUUGUUACAGUGAAGAGUGAAUUUUACUAGGUGGCAUCAUUGUAGGAUUUUUUUUAUUGGAGCAUGGAAGUAUAGCUUGCAAUAGAGCAA